GGCAAUCAAUAGCUUAUGAACCCAUCUCUUAAUACAUAGUUUUAGUGAACUUCAUUAUUAAUGUACUAUCCAGUGAAUAUUUUCAAGAUUUUUAUUUGACAGUUUAUGAGAAACGUUCACUGUAACAUCAAUCUACGUAUUCUUACAUUUCUAUGUUACACCUUACAGUAACAUUUGAAUGACGGAUACCAUCAGGAUAGGUUAAAAGAAGAUUAGAGGGGUCGAAGUCUGUCUGUUAGUCAUUUGCAACGUAGAAUGUGGUAUGUGUAUACAUCAAUUCAAGUUGUCAUGCCCCAUUAGCACAGCGAGAGUGAAUUGUUAGGGCGAAUCUCAUAACAGUCGAGGUAAUAGUAGUAUCAAUGUUAAUAGGAAAGAUUAAGUAUCCAAGAUACAAUCCAAGAAAAUACAAAUUAUUGAAAUAGAGAGGAUUGAGCAUAAAAUUUGGAAAAGGAUGAAAAGUGUAUGCACCUGCGCCAUUACAAACGAUUUUCAGUCAUGUCAUUCAAAGUCAUCAACCAAUGGUUACGAUAAUCACGCGAACCCCAACUAGAUAGUCUACAUCUGUUAACUUGGCUCAGUUCAUUUUUGAGUGACUUCAUGAACUGAUGGCUAGAAGUGUCUAAAUCCGAGAUAUCCUUCCAGUAGUGCAUGAUAUUAUUGGUUGGUGGUUAGGAUCAUGUCGAAUGAUGCAGGAUUCUUGGUUAGUUGAAAUGUUAGGUUAUCUACCACCAACUAUGGGUCAUAGUAAUGUAGCUGCAUUCAUUAACUCCCUGUAAACGUUAAGCAUAAUGUCACUUCUCAUACUAUAUGAUCUCAUUUGUCUUUCUAAAAACAUUAUAUCCAAUUGCGCAGUUUACAUUGAGGAUUGGCCUUAGUUAGACAACUACUGAAAAUCACGAAGUACUGGACAACUGUUUUGUCUUAUCACGGGAUUGUUUACCAGUGUACAUAUACGAUUCUAUUGAGGAACGAACCCAGGACAUUCGUAUCUCGUUGCACAAUACCCCUAAUCGAUCGAAGUUACAAAUGUAAACCGUUGGAUGAUCCACCCGAAACCUGAAUGUUCUAGGUUCAAUCCAGAAUCUUCUCAUGAAUGUGCACUACUGACGAGUCUCGUAGCAGUAGGAAGCAACUAUCCAGUGCUUCUGAGCUUUUAGUAGUUCAACUAAAUUCAUCCCCCAAUAUAAAUUAUAAAAUCUCUACAACUCUUCCCCAUACUGAUAAUAUUUCAAAUGUUUAUUUUUGUACUGCUAUUAAUCUCCUGUCCUACCCUCAUAUUGAUGUGUUAGGAAAAGUAAAUCGAUACAUACUCGUACCGGAUCUUACGUCAGCUAUCACUAAGUAUAGAUAUGUAAUAAAAAAACGUUAUAAUAUAAACGUUUUUGACAGCUUUUUUUGCAUAGGAACACAUUGAAUAUCAACUUGCUUCAGUUGUUCGUGUGCACAAAUGAUCAGGCUACAUUUUUCAUAGCUGGAUAAUGUCAACUCGUUUACUGAUAUUAAUUCUUUAAAGUCUGAUUGAGAUCCAUACUUCUAACGGCACUCAAGAUCACUGUAUUCAUAAUCAACCUCCCUCUUCAAUUUCUAUGAUUGAAAUCCAUGUACAUUAUAGUAGAUGACUUGAUAAAGCAUCUCUGUUUUUCUUGUUUUUGUUUUGUAAAGAAUGUCAGCUUUAUUACAAGGUGAAAUCAUUCUUUUUCUCAGUCAGUCAGUAACAACGUAGAACUUCGUACGCAUGUACAUCAGUUCGAGUUGCCAUACCACAUUAGCACAGAGAUUCUUUUUCACAAGUUUUUACUCAUUCGAUUAAAUAUCAUAAUACAACAUAAAUUUGUAUAAGUUAAUUUAUUUCUUUUUUAUUCUAUAUACCUAUUUCACUAAAAUAUCAUUACUCUUAAAUACAGCGAUCUAAAAUGUGGUAAUUUAUUAGUCAAAGAUGAUGGAAUCAUUCAAAUAGCAGAUUUUGGAGUUGCUGGAUUUUUAGCUACUCAACCGCUUACUGCAACUGGUAGUGUUGAUUUAAGACGGUAUACAUUUGUUGGUACACCUUGUUGGAUGGCUCCGGAAGUUAUGCAACAAGCUCGUGGUUACAAUCAAAAAGCAGAUAUAUGGUCAUUAGGUAUUACAACUAUUGAAAUGGCAACUGGUCAAGCUCCUUAUGCAAAAUUUGCACCAAUGAAGGUAUUAAUGCUUACAUUACAAAAUGAUUCACCGGAUAUUGACAGUGUUGCAACAGUUAACAAUCAAUAUUUAAAUUAUGGACACAAAUUUCGUAAAUUCACCAAAGCUUGCCUUAUGAAAGAUCCAGGUCAACGUUUAUCUGCUCGUGAAUUACUUAGCCAUACUUAUAUCAAAUCAAAAGCGAAGGAUCGAGAAUUACUUUGUCGAGUUUUGCUUGGUGGUGAGAUGCCACCUCCUAUUUCUCGUAUCAAUAAGCACCCGGAUGAUCGAUCAGAAAAGCGUGAUCCUAAGAAUAACAGUACAGAAUGGAAUUUCGAUACAGUGGGACGUGUAUCUAAUAGUGGUGUUGAUAGUGAUGAUGAUAGUGAUGAGAAUGACUAUAAGGUUACUUCAUAUACUGAUCGUUCUGGUAGUGUACUCCAACCUUGUAAUUCAUCUAGUGGAUUUGAUUUUCCAUCAGAAUUAUUAACUCAAACAAAUGCAACUGCUGUAAUCGGUUCAUCUGCGUCUAAUCAAGUAAAUAAUGCACGUGCAACUGGAGCAACGAUGGCAAUGCCAACAGCACUACCAGUUGUUGAUGAAACUGUUGGUGGUAUUAGUCCACGAAGUAAUAUACCACAUUUAGAUAGGACAGACAACUAUAAUAUUGCGGUGUCUGGGUCAUCAUCAUCGUCAUUUCCACCUGCUCCAGCGUGUACACCUGCCUCUCCAGAGACAUCUAAUUCGAUUAGUGCUAUGGCAGCAGCGUUCUCGAGCACUUUGACAACUGAUGAUUCUGAUAAUCAACAACAACAGUCUCAAACAAAUGAUCCUAUUCAGCUGAUGUUUUAGCACGUGAACUAGUCCAAGCCGAUUUACUGGAUGGUUGUGAUUCAUUAUUGGGUUAGUGUUCAAUUUUUUGUUCAUGUGUUUUUCCAGUUUUUUUCUAUUUUUAUGCCCUAUUGUUUUGUUUCUAAAAGUUAAGGUUAGUAGUAACUUACUAAUAUGACAUAAUAGGCGCUUCCGAUGUUAUUGCUCGUGUAAGUUGAGACUGUUGAGUGAUCAAUUUCGAGAUUUAAUACUAAGUAUUAGUGUGGCGUGUGGUACUUAUAUUGACAUAAGUAGUAGAUGGUGUUAGUCAUGAACAGAAGGUCUGGCAGCAGAGAGACAAGAGGAUCGAACAGUAAAGAAUCGAAACAGAAUGCAAUUUGUAUGAAAAUGCAAGAACAAUGAAGUCUGAGUCAUUUUGAGACAGUUGGUGGGCAUUUUACAAAUUAAGCAUUUACUCUAUGAUUGUUAGAUUUUAUUAACAAGUCCUGUAAUUUUGUGUUAAAUACAUUCUAUUGUCCCCACUGGUGUUCUGUUCACUACACUAGGUAAGGAUGAUAAGUUGAUUCACAAACUUGUGAACCUUUAUCUACUGAGAUAGCUAGGACAUGUAAUACAUAUGAUCAGCAAUCCUACCUUGACGAGUAAUACUGGCUCAUAUAUGAGUAGAUUAGCGGAAAGCUAGAGGCGGCCAAAUGAAAACCUCUCAUCAGUCCAUUAAGUCAAUGAUCUCUAAACUGUGUGAUGCAACUCGAUGGAGACUACUUUAUCGGGGUCCGCAUGAUUAUCGUAGCUGGUGAUUAGCAAAUCUGAGUGGUAAUAUUAUGAUGGUAUUGAUCGAUGGUUGUCUUGUUAUAUCGCUAGUUUGUUGAUGCUGAGAAUAUGAACAUUACCUCAGUGACUGACGAGUUUUAUGUUCAUUGUUAAUUUAGUGAUUAUGAUCAUUCAUCUAUUAAGUACGGACUUACAUUUUCAGCUUUGAGUUCCACUGUAUACAAGGGCUAGUAAUACUAAUCGUUCUUUUAAAUCCCAGCAAAUUGAAAAGAGUCUUUUGAUCUAUCACUUAAUGCUCGAAAACAAUAUACUUAAAUUGUUGUAUUACCUGUUUGCUAUUUAAGAUAGGGUUAUUCAUUGUUAAACAGUCGCAACAAGUGUUUAGCGCUUCCUAAUUUUCAGUAUUUUGAUUAUAGAAUGAUUGUGUUCACUUUUCCAUUAAAUCAUGUACUUCAAAUAAAUUUAGCAUAUUUUCAAUCAGCGUUGAACCUUGAUUAUUUUAUUUUUGUAAAUAAUUCGUAAAGUGUAUUUAACUCGUACAUUUAAUAUUAGAAGGGGUGUUUUGUGGAUAUUAUAGUAGUUUCAGUAGUUGAAUGCAUGAGUCCAUUGAAGCUAGACCACUAUAGAGAACCUGGAAGCACUGGACGACCUACUGUGGGACUCCUCAGCAAUGCGCAUUCACGAUCCCGCCUCGCGAGAUUCGAUCCCAGGACCUAUCAGUCUCAUGCGCGAGUGGCUAACCUCUAGACCACUGAGCCACCAACCAUGGUGGUCUAUCUUCAAUUGACUCAUGAUCUCAACUAUUGAAAUUACUAUAAUAUCCACAAAAAACCUCUUCUGAUAUUAAUCAUCAUAUGCUCACUAGUGACUGGCUUCAAGAAGUAUUUCCUAGAAUUCUAGUGAGAAGCAGUGACCAGUAGAGUUCAACCGGGUCUGUUGUGAGAUAGUAACUCACUGAAGACAAUGAUAGAUGUGUUGCUUAACUUCGUGGAUUAGUUGAAGUUAGACAUUAACACCAUUGGAUGCCGGCUCAGUGGUCUUACAUUUAACUUAAUUGAAGUGGAAUUUCGACUAUGUCUGAAUUUAUCACUAUUGUAUAAUUCUUCAAUGUUAAGUAAAUUAAAUCAUUAGUAGUAUAUUAAUCGUAUAUUAGUAUCGAUAACUGUUCAGUAUCAAUUUGUGUGUAUGUGUAUGUGCAUGUUUGUGUCAACCUAGUUAUCAUUUACACCUUUUUUCUAUUGUAGUAUUCUAACAACAAAACAUAUGAAUCGAAUAACUAUGUCAAUCUAAACACGAUUGUAUUUAGAUUAUGAUUUACAUGUAUGAAAUUUAUGUUUUAUCAAUUUCAUUAAAGGUCAUUUUAGGUGAGGCAGAGUUUUAAAACUAUUCUCAUGAUGAUAUAAAUAUAUAUAUGAGACAUAAACCCAUUUCCACCUUUUAUGCAACGGUACUGUGUAUGUAUGUAUGUAUGUAUGUGUGUGUGUGUGUGUGCUGUAUACCCGUUUUGUUCACUACUGAAAUCCUAUUUUUUUUUCAUAUCAACACUAUUUGCUAUUGCUAUGCAGUUGUGUUUAUUAUGUAAAUGAUAUAAAUUUAUCUGAUAGUUAUUCUCAUGUUUGUUUGUUUGUUUGUUUGUUUUUCUGAUUUGAAUGAUUAAAUUUAUACAGUUGAAAAUAUGGUUGUUUGUUUCUAAAAUGGUUUCUCUCUCUCUAUUUUUCAAUUGAUUUUAAUAAACUUCUUCAAUUAUGACAGUUUUCUUAAUCUAAUGCAUUUUAUGACAAAGAUCCGUUUAUAAAACAUUUUAACUGUUUAGGUUGUUUUUUUAUUAAUUUUUACAAUUUAGAUAUUUCAUUCUAAUAUUUAAAGUAGUCAGUCAGUCAACAACACAGAACUUCGUAUGUACGUUUCAUAAAUAUUGACAUUUCAUCAUAUUUGUGUGUAGGUUGUGAUACUGGCCGGGUUCCCAGACCGAAGCAGGUGGUUUUCUUAGGGGGCCACUCCCCGAGCCUUUGACCUAAAGGUCUAACCCACAAGGCAGUGGAGCAUCGUAAGGAGAUACAGUCUCAUGGUAGCCGGUGACUAACGAUUGGUUCGAGAAGGUGGUUAGUAGGACUUCGCUGGCAGAGGCUGUAUACGCGUGGCCGUGUGAGAGCAUUUCGAGAGGGAGAGCGGGCCCACCCCACUCUCGGCCAUACCAGGGCAUUUGGGGGCGGUACCGAUAUUUAUGUGUUCAAAUAAAUAAAUGUACGUACAUCAGUUCGAGUUGCCAUACAACAUUAGCACGCAGAUACAAUUGUCGAUUCAAAUCUCAUAGUGGUAGAAGUAGUAAAAGUAUAAGCAGUAAUCGGAAACAUUAGGGUUUGAAGAUGUUAUUUAAAGAGCAUAAUCCAGUGAAAUAAAUUUGGAAAGAGAAAAAAGAAAGGGACAUGAAAAAUUGAAAAGAUUAGAAUUUGGGAGUAGUAUUUACAACUGGAUAUGAUCUUUUUUUAGUAUAUAACUGAAUAUAUUGGAGUAAUCAGUAUUGUUAUAGUGACACUAUUAUCUAGAAAAUGGGUUAAUUAAGAUAGAAAUAGUGUUUUAUUGACCUGUAGAACUGAAUUUUAGUCACCUAUGCAUAAUUUAAUUGUGAUCGGUCCUUUCUAUUGCUAUAAGGGCUUGUAAGUAAUUGUUGAACUUGCAUAGUUUAUAUAAUGGAUUAAUCGUAGUUAGACAACCACUGAAAACUAUGAAGCUAUUUCGUCCUAAUGUGAGACUUCAAGAAUGUACAUCUAUGAUCGUAAGCCAGGAGAAAUUGUAUUAAUAAUGAUUAUUAAUUUUGUGUACUUAUCUAUUCUGUCUACAUACAGAUUUAUAAUGUAGCUUUUCAACGUUAAUUAAUAGGACUGUGUAAAGUAUUUAUUCACAAAUCUUUGAAAAUCUGUUUCAAUAUGUAAUAUGUGUCUUGGUAACGGUUGAUUACUUUUUUUUACUAUUUUAAUGGAAUACAUAAUCGCUCUGUUAUUGUAGGGUUUACUCUAGGUAGUUAUGUAUCAGUAAACUUUUCUCCCUCCCCCCCAUAUGUAGGCAAAAACCAUAUGUCUAUGUUGCAAAUGUUUGAUCGAAGUUUUAGUAUAUUUGUAUUAUGGCUAGCAGUGAGAUAAAAAAAAACCCACCUAUUUCACCCUAUUUUGAACUCGUUAUCUGAAUCUACAUACACCCUAGUGUUGAUGUUCGUUAUCCUGUACCUUUGCACAAGUUAAUGCCUAUCUGGACUCAGUAGCUAAGUAGAUAACGCGAUGGAGUUUGGAGAAAACUGUACUGAAUUUGAAUCCUAGAGUAAAUGUCGAUCCUGGUAUGCAGGUCCAUCCAGCUGACGAGUCUCAAAUAGGACGAAGCACACAUAUUGCAGGCCACUGGUAGCCACAUUCUACAAUUAUUAUUUCUAAAUCUCCAUUACAUUUGAUAUUAUUUAAUCUCUUCUAUGUGUCUAUGCUAUUGUUAAGUUAUGUGGAAUUAAACCUUUAAAGUUAUGUUAUGUUAAUCUACGUUGUCAUAUUUCUUUUUUAUUAUAAGAAUAAAAAACACAAUAACCAAAUGAUGAUUAUUUAAACAUUGAGUUUCAGCACAAACUGAUAUGUGUGUAUGUUUCAUUAUAUUAAGAAAAAACAUCACGGAAAUGCAAGUCUCCCUCACACACACACAAAUUAUACUUUAUUCAAUAAGUCUUGUUAAAAGUAAACAAUUUCCAAUUGAUUAAUGGAAUAAUAUGAAAAAAGGGAAGGAUUGGUUUACAUGUAACUGUGUAUGUAUGUAUGUGUGCGUGUUUGCAUUUAUAAUGCUAUUGGUGAACUGUAACGAAUUACAUUAAGUAAUGCCUGUUAAUUCAUUCAAUUAACCUGUCCAUAAAAUAAUUUUUCAGGUGUCAUAAAUUUACAUUGACCCCUAUUAGGUAAUUGAAGGUUGUCAGUAGGACACUCAUGUAUGAGUGGCGCAUAUAUAUUGGCGCUCCCUUGUACCAAUAUUCAUGUGUCCAAAUAAUAAUAAUAAUAAUAAUAAUAAUAAUAAUAAUAAUAAUAAUAAUAAUAAUAAUAAUAAUAAUAAUCUACUUUUUGUACUAUUUGACCUGUAAUCCCAAAGGGGCUAAUACUUCCUAGUGGAUUCAAACCUUAUUUAUCCAACUUCACAGUUCAAGUUGUUACCAUUGUCCUAUUCGUGCUACCAGCAGAUGAUGUCGUGUCAUUUAGAUUAGUGGCCACAUGGCAUCUUGAUCGAUAGAAAGAGUAGAGAAAAAUAACUAUAAUCACUACUCAGUGACUAAUCAAUUAUAUGUUAAUCCUGUUUCCUACUACUGUGUGGAUCAUAAGGAAAUUCUCUUGAAGGAGUAACUAUGCAAAAGGAUGGACAAAAUAACAAAAUCCGAAUGUAUGAAGUAAUAUGAUACAUUUAGAAAUUUAGGAAGAGAUUAGAAAUUAAUGCACCUAUUUCAUGACAAUAGAUUUUGAUCAAUGACAUAUAACAUUAUUAAACAUUGUUUACAAUACUAUCUCAUUGAAUUACACUAGUAUAUGUUAGUUGGUCGAUAUAAGUUAAAUCAACAGUUAUUGACUUUAUGGAGUAGUAAUAAAGCAUAUUAAUCAGACUGUUUCUGGACUUUUUUCCAAUCUAUUUUUAUACUACUGUUGAGGUUAAUUCCUCUCGGUCAACUGAGUAUUUUAAGCAGGCCAAAUCUCCUAGUAGUAUUAUGAAUUUACUUGUAUGCCAGAACACUAGUUGUGGGGAGAGUUUAUUCUCAAUAAUUAGUAAAAUCCACAAGCGUACAGAAAGCAAUCACACAGGGAAGAGUAUGUGUGUGUGUUGAGUGUUAAUCGACUGUGGGUAAGUUAUUGAUUACCUGUGUUUACAACCAACUGGAGGAUAGGUAAAGAUUGGGGUGCAGACAUUGAUUUAAUCAAACUCACACAUUUAUAGUUUGGGUUAAUUGUCGAAAUUACAUCAGUUAGGUAAUAAAAAAUUCAUACGCUUGUUUAGAUAACCUCGUUAUCUGGUACACGUAGUACAUACAUUCUAACUAUCUUAGUUUUAUACGAAUAUUCAGGUGAGUCUAUGGACGAACCAAUCAGGUCUAAUAUAGCGAGUCUCGGAUUGUAGCACGAAAUUCAUUCAUCUAUAUGAUUAAAUAGCAUUUUAGUAUUAUAACUGAUGUUGAUUCGUGAUGAAAAGAUAAACUCUAACUCUAGAUUCCUGUACUAAAUUUUCACCUUAAUAUGUAACUCUUUUUAGAUCGUAGCAAAUAAGAUUUUCUCAAUGUCACUUUGGUGUUCAUCGAAAGGUCGUGCAUAAAUUAUAGUCUCAUCAAUAUUUAACCUGCCUAUAAUCAAUAUUAUCUCACUUUAUUAUCCCAUCAUUAUGUAUACAUUGCUGCGUUUUGUUAAUUUCUGUACAGGUUAGUAUUAUAUAACCAAUAGUUUUAUUUUCAUCUGUUUAUCUUCCCAUUAUAUUUCUGUAGUUGCACAUCACAUGAGUGAAUUGGUCAGUAAUCCAAGUGAACGUGAACGUAUUUUACCAUUAGUAAGUUGUUGGUUUUCAAACACAUAAUUAGUGAUCAUAUUUUCAUUUUUAUUGUGUAUCUUCAAAAAGAAAAGAUCAGAAAACCACCUGCUUCGAUUUGGGCACCCGGGCAGUAUCACAGCCUUCACACAUAUCAAAUGAGAUUUGUGUGGCGCAUAUGUAUUUGGUGCCUCUUUGUACCAAUAUCUAUGUGUUAAAAUAAAAUAAAAACAUGUAGAUUUAUUCUCUAUUUGUACGCUAUUCAUUCAUAUUUCAAAACUUAUACAGUAAUAUGCCUCAAAUACCAGACUAUACUCCAACAACUUAUAAAAACAUCACAAUAUAUACACAGCUCAGUUAUAAGUAUUACAACAACCAAGCAGUGAUGAAUUAAAUAAUUGAUAAUUAAUCUAGAAUAGUAAAACAUAUAACAAUAGCUUGUAAGUCAAAUGAACGCUUACAAGUAAGAGAAUAUUAAAACAUGAUAAUACAAGGAGAUCUAAUGAUAAUAUGAUAAAUAUCUAGACAAUAACUUUCAUGACUUUCUUAAAUUUUCUUCUAUAUAACUUGAUUACAUGUAUAUUGCUACAUGUUUUGAACUGUCGAUUAGUUAAAUUUGAUUUUCAUGACUCUUAGAUAAUUAAUAUCAGAAGGAAUUUUGUGGAUAUUAUAGUAAUUUCAAUGGUUGAGAUCAUGAGUCAGUUGAAGCUAGACCACAAUGGAAAACUUGGAAGCAAUGGACGGCCGUUUCGUCCUAUUGUAGAACUCCUCAGCAGUGUGCAUCCACGGUCUCGUCCCCCGCGAGAUUCGAACCCAGGAAUUAUAAGUCUCGCGCGCGAGCGCUUAGAUAAUUAUCAGUAUAUUGUAUAUGAGGGUAGUUUUUCUUAGUACUAGAUAAUUAGAUGAGUUGGACUUAGAACUAGAUCAAUAUAAUAUGAUAUUUGUUCACAAGGUACAUUCACGCAUGAAUAUUCGACGACUGAUUAAGAGCCAGAUAUAAGCUACAGUAAUAAUAUUUUAUCACACAAUACAAGACGGUCAGUAAGUGAGGUGAAAAUGAAAUCGGUUUUACAUAUAAGUUAAUUUCUUAUUAUUCUAUGUGACCAGAUAUAUCUUUCUUUACUCAUCAGCUAGUCACAACUUACUUUAACCGACCUAUCAAGUACCCACAAUCUUGAAGGCAUUAAUAUUUCCUGUAUGGUUAAAAUCCGUAUCACCUAUCCUCACAAUCUGAGAUCUUACCUCUAAGCUUUUUGAGCCACAAUUGAUUCGUAGUAGGGCUGAGAUGUUAUCUACAAUGAUCUAGUACAAACAUAAUGUUUAACCACUUAGAUUAGUAGCCACACUGCAACUUGAUCAUUAAAAUUUGAUCAGCACCAAAUAGGGUGAUACGAAAACAACAUUAGUCCUUAUUCAGUUAUAAAUCAACCGAGCUUUUAGCAAUAUAACUCAUUUAAUAACUACAAGUUUUUGUUAUAAAGGGUAAUGUCCGAAAUCUGAUACUAAAUACACAACGUGCUACGCGCUAACCCUUCCAACUCACUAGUUGAGCGUGAAUACAAGAAUGGACGAGAAAGUAUUUUGGGGUAUAGAAUAAAAUACAUAAAUACUCAUAUAUAUAUAUACCCCUUGGGAAAUCAAUUCAUUUCUUAGCCAAUGAUAUACACUUGUCCUUCAAGUUACUUCUAAUUGACAUUCUCAUUUAGCUACCUGUGAUUCGUUUACCGUAUAAGUUUGUAUAGUUGAUCUUAAGCCACACGUUUUGUAAAUUUGCAGCUAACUAUAUUACCUAUAUGUAGCUUUCGAAAAUCCUUAUUAUUUGUAGACUACCAUCGAGAGGCUAACUAGUUUGAAAUUGCUAACAAGAUAUAUUUCCACUCUUAAUGGAAUUAAUGCUCAUAAUGACAAGAUUUGAGCCUACAUUACCUAGUACCAUUGUUACAUACAUUACUCGUAAAGUAUUCUGUUAAUUUAAGGUAUCAUUAUAACAUAGUAAAUAGUAUUUAAUAUCAGAUGGGUUUUGUGGAUAUUAUAGUAGUGGUUAAGUGCUCACGCGUGAAACCAGUAGGUCCUCGGUUCGAAUCUCGCAGGGGGCGAGGUCGUGGAUGCGCACUGCUGAAGAGUCCCACAACAGGACGAAACGGCCGUCCUGUGCUUACAGGUUUUCCAUGGUGGUCUAGCUUCAACUGACUCAUUAUCUUAACCAUUGAAAUAGUAUUUACUCAAUAUAGAUAAAUAGAGAUGUAGUUAUUUGUUAUUGACUUAUAAAACUCCAGACAAUAUGUAUCACUUACAAUCUACUUCAAAGUGGAUUUCCAAAAAGCAAACAAACAAACAAGAAUGAAGUUUCGUUUUUCUUUCAAAAAAAUUUUUGUAUAAAAACAUAGAG